ACUUCCACAGUUGGAAUAGAAAGUGUAUUUUAGGUCUUCCUUGAAAAAUGGUUAAUGAGCAUAGAAGAUCAGUUGUUCUUCAAGAAAGGAUGGAAACUUUGUUUAAGAAAGCAGAAGAGCUAUCUGUUCUAUGUGAUGUAGAAAUUGGUAUUAUUGUUUUCAGCCCUGAUAAAAAAAAUGCUGUAUAUGAGUGGCCAUCAAGAGAUAAAUUUAAACAACUCUUGAUGAGAUAUCUAGAUAAACCACUGGUAGAGAGGCUUAAGAAGUUGACAACAAAUGAAAUGUUCCUCAUGAAAGAGAUGGAUGCUAAGAUGAAGAUAAUUGAGCAGCAGAAGACUGAAGAAAAGGAAAUGGAACAGCUAUUUAGCCAGUUAUAUCUUGGGGAAAAGACUGUCUUUGACCUGGAUAAAAGACAACUUAUAGGUGUUCGCAACUUAGCUAUAAAGGCGAAAGAGAAGGCCGUUAAAAGGAGAAUACAACUCAAGUACUUACAAGAUCAACGUCUUUCGUUACCAAUUGAUCGCAUACCACUUCGAGUGGCUCCAUUUAAUGUACAGGAUCAACGUAUUCAGUUACCUGUUGAUGAUCCUUUGGCACUUCGAUUGGCUCCACUUAACAUACAAGAUCAACGUCUUCAAUUACCUGUUGAUGAUCCUUUAGCUCUUCGAUUGGCUCCUCCCGAGAAUUAAUGAAUAUGUUUAAUCACAGUCAAAGAUUAGCGCAACAACAAUCAAAAGUUUAUUUGUGCAAC